AUGGCGGGAUCCGGCGGGCUGCCCAUGUCGAGCGGUGCGGACGGAUCGGAUCCCAGCACGGGCCUUGGCCCGGGGACGAUCCCAGAGCCGGCGGACCGUGAGCUGCCGCUGCUACAGGCGCCGUCGCCGGCGCCGCAGCAGGAGGCGGUGGCGUCGCAGGCCGAGGCGCCGGUGCCAGCGUUCACCAUCGUGAUCUCGCGGCCAGGGGAGGAGGAGGUUCAGACGCCCGCUGCAAAGGGUGGCUCCCCGGCGUGCUCCCCGCAGGCCGGUGACGGCAAGGCUAUGGCCGCCUCGGUUUCGUUGACCGCUUCGGCGGCCGCGAAGGAGGCCGAGCUAGCAAGGUCCGACAGCUUCGAUGACUACGAGCAAUGCAGAGCCGCAAAGGAGGAGCAGGAGGUGGCAGGAUCCGGCGGGCCACCCAUGUCGAGCGGCGCGGAUGGAUCGGAUCCCAGCACGGGCCUUGACCCGGGAAUGAUCCCAGAGCCACCAGGCCGUGAGCCACCUGUGCUACAGGCUCCGUCACCGGCGCUGCAGCCGGAGAUGGUGGCGUCGCAGGCCAAGGUGCUGGUGCCAGCGGUCACCAUUGUGAUCUCGCGGCCAGGGGAGGAUGUUCAGAUCCCCGAUGCAAAGGGUGGCUCCCCGGCGUGCUCCCCGCAGGCCGGUGAUGGCAAGGCUAUGGCCGCCUCGGCUUCCUUGACUGCUUCGGCGGCUGCUAAGGAGGCCGAGCUGGCAAGGUCCGACAGCUUCGAUGACUACGAGCAAUGCAGAGUUUGUCAACAGAAGACAGAAGAACCUCUGGUUGACCUUGGAUGCAGAUGUCGUGGUGAUCUCGCAAAAGCACAUCGCACAUGCAUUGAUGUUUGGUUUCGUACUAGAGGUUCAAACAAGUGUGAGAUAUGCCAGCAGGAUGCUGUCAAUAUCCCCCCUCCAGAGACGCAAGCAAGUACAAGGUAUUGGGUUUGGAGGGUUGAUUCGACUUAUGGAAGGGGACGAGGAGGACGUGAAAGGGGAUGGUUUAGCCCACUUUGGGUUGCAUUUGCAAUUCUGAUUGGUGGUCUCUUAUUGGAUGUGCUGAUAUCUGUUUCUCUUGGUGUUUCCGCGCUCCCUGUCAAUAUAAUAAUUGGCGUUCUUAUAGUUCUCGGAUUGGGCACCGCCCUUCGUCUAGCCCUUGAGUGCUGUCAGGAAUGGGGCUCAAGGAGGAACGUGAGCAACAUGCCGAGGCUGGAGAACAUACCGCCAACUGGGUACCACCCUGCAGUAGUAUAA